AUGCAACGUUCAAACGUUCAUGCAUGAAGCGCUGCUAACUUGAACCUGCUCCCGCCACGUCCCUCUCACCCGUGUACUGCAUCACGCCGCAGUCCCUCGCGGUACUGCAUGACCUCGUCGUCCUCUGUGGGCGACGACUCCAUCAUGGCCGCGUCCGCGCGAAUCGCUGCCAAGCAGUGCAACGGAGGCCAGAGCGUCUCCAUCCCUUUGACAUGACGGACAUGACGAACCCGCUGGGGUACGGGAACAUGUCGGUCGGGACGUCCGCUCAGACGUACUUUGCCCUUUUCGACAUAGGCAGCAGCAACAUGUUUUCGGCCUCUUCCCCCUUGCCCACCGGCCAGAACUUCACGCUCACUUACAGCAGCGGCAUGACCGUCAAGCGCGCGCAACGCUCAGCGUGGUGAUGGUGUACUCAAAGCAGCUCGGGAAACGCACCUUCUUGUUUCCGAUAAACAAGUGGUACAAGUGUGGCCAUGCGCGGAGCCAGUGGAUCCAUCAUUCGUACCUUCAUCAGUGCUGUACAUUCUUGCGGCCCCUCUUUACACCUAGCAAUGUCAUUUCAAUUUGUGCACGUACUGUUAUCACUGUAAUGGAAUAUUGUACGCUUCAAACAUAGCAGUGUC